GCGACCAUCGGAGGAUUCGCCUGGCAUGACGCUUCCGACCUUCAAAGACUUUGAUCCUCGCAGUAAACCACACUCAGCCAAUUUUAUGACACGCUUUGCAUCCAACAACACGGGAUUAUUAUGUCUCUUUGGCAUUCUCGUCCUGCCAAUCCUCUUGGGCUUUGCUAUCGGCUACCUUUUAGUCGUUUUAGGCGUCAGCGCCUACAAAAAGAUAACAGGGGAAAAGUCACGCGCGCAUGCCGCAAAAGAAGCCUCGCAGAAGAUACAACUUGUCAUGGGAGACAAGAUAGUGGACUCUUCUUUCCCUAAAACUGUAUCUUUAAAUGUUCAAGAGACAAAAAAUCGUAGUUUUCCUUGUCCUCCUACAAGGUAUUACUACCAUCGGCUGUGUAACUAUUCCAAUGAAAUUGUUAAUGGCGAUUCGACCACAUUCAAUGACGAAAGCUCAGUCUCUGGAGACGAGACAGAUCACAGGUCACGAGAAAAAGUGACGCUACUUACCCCGGAUGUUCAAGAGUCGGACUCUAGUACGCAUGCGUCACUAGAAGAUAACUUGGAUAAGACUGAAGAAGAAGUGGUAAGAGAAGACAUCAGUUUUAAACAGGACAAGGACUCGGGUUUUUCUGGGGAGGAAAACAGUCCUGGGAAGAGAAAGAGAUGUAAUUCGAAUCCCACAUCCACACCGCAAAAGAGGCACUUGGAUUUGCCAGAAAAUAAAACGAAUGAGAUGAACUUGAAAGAGAUAGGUCUCAUAGGAGAAGAUCAAACACCAUCGCCUGAUAACCCGGAUGGAAAACUUGGAAAAGUUCGGUUUGCCCUUCACUACAAUGUUGCUAAAACAGAGCUUCAAGUAAACAUAAUAAAGGCGGUCGGCCUUCCCAUAACUGAUAAUAAGGAAGGAAUUAACCCACUGGUCAAGAUAUCUCUACUACCACAGCAGUUCUGUUGGCAAAGAACAAAAAUCAUCGAAGGAACCCCAGAUCCCGUUUUCAACGAGACUUUUGUUAUUUCAGGUUUUUCAAAGGAUAGAAUCAAAGAAUACGAGUUGAAGUUCAGAGUAGUGAACUUUCACGACAAGUUCAAAGACCGAUAUGCUGAUGAUGUCAUAGGAGAAAUACUUUUUCCUUUGUCGGAGUUAAAGUUGAUGGAGAACAGACCCUCGUUUUCGAUCACCAAGUGGCUGUACUUAUCACCUCCACCUCCAUUCGGGAUGGAAGCGGCUGACAUCGGAGAACUGUGUGUAUCGUUGUGUUUCCGACCGAUCAGCGGUCGACUUAUCGUAACUGUCACCAAGAUCCGUGGAUUACCAAAGGCAAUUGCAGACCGCACAGACCCGUACGUGAAGCUUGCGCUAUACUGUGAUGGUGUCCGCUUAUCUAAGGCCAACACGCGCGUAAAGAGACGGAGCCUCAAUCCCGUGUACAACGAGAAGUUUAAUUUCAACAUUUCCGCUGACCAGAUAUCCCUUACAACCGUAAUGCUCAAGAUAGUGAAUCAUUCGGAGAUCAACACUGGCGGCGGGAGUUUGGGUACGGCUAUUCUUGGAUUUGAUUCCUUUGGGUCUGGGCAGGAGCAGUGGAAAUCAAUGAUCGAAUCUCCAAGUAGGCAUGUCGAAAAAUGGCACAAGCUUUACAAGGAUGUUUACUAAGAGUUUGACGAAUUUUCUAAACUUGUAAGAUUAAGUAGUACAGACCAAGAGCCCGUAUAACUGCUGGUGCUUAUCUACAGUUUUUCUCGAGGGGAGAUCAUUACUGAUAGCGUUAACACUUCCUAAGAGAGACAUAACAAAUCUGGUUGGCACACACUGAGGGGAAUAGGUUUUACGAGUGUUUGUGAGAGAGGAAUUCGCGCGACGAUUGGGAAGGAGGAAAAGACUAUCAUCAGAUUAGAAACCAAACGAAGAGCGGUUGUUAGGAAGCAAUUUCCGGUCGCGAUGGCGACACGCCCAAAAACCACAAGGGGAAAUUCAAAGAUAAAGCAAGCGAUAAUGGUCUCCAUGUUUGCUUCCUUUGUUGAAAAACGGCUGUUGUUUGAAUAUUUUUGAACUGAUGUAAUGUUUUUUCUUAUGGCGAGAGUGGUCAUCUUUAUGUUACACAGAAUUGUGCGGCUAUAUUUCCCUCGAUUAUGUGUGGCUAAACUGCUAACUCGAAAACAAAGGGAAAAAUUUGUAAGAAGAAACAAUUCUAGGCACUAGUAGGUUUAACAUGACCAAACUGCACUUUUAAAGAGAGCAAGUUAUAUUGCUACUAGAUAUUAUUUAUUGAAGCCAUGACUUAUAAUUAGAAUUAGCUGACGAUGAUGGUGCAAUCCAACGUAGGACAUCAUUUGUUAUGAAGUAAUUUCGAACCCCUUCCCACAAUACUAUUCCUGCUCUAACUUAUCUCCUGUGCUUGGCUGCUUAUCACUUAUUUUGAUAACAUCACCUGGACUUUUCCGCCGCUAUUGUAAACGUAACAGAAGGGGUAAUGUCCGGCUGAGGGUGUGACGGAGUCUUGCAAACAAUUCUACUUUUCCGGCUUUGCCAGUUAAACAUAGAUUUCUGACGUAAGUCGAUGGGUAUUUACGUCAUCUCUCGUUGAAAAAUGCCUGGGUGCCGUAGAUGUUAUAAUCUGUUGCGUUGAUAAGUGUCUGAUCGCUCACUAACCGAAAGGAAAACUGUAAUCUAGGAAACUCUCGGGGUUUACAAGAAUUGCCGUGCUCUUGUAAUGUAUGUAUUAGUGUUGAUUUCCUUCUACUGAGUUGAAAUGUCAUGCGCAUGCUCAAAAUUUCCCUGCAUCGGAAGAGCGGCAUUAAAAUGAUACCUUCAAAAACAUACUUGUACCUAAUUAAAAACAUUGUGGUUUCUAUUUUUGGUUCCGUAGCUACAAGCGCUUGAUAAACUUGUUUGGACAAUACUAAUGUGGGUGUUUUUCAAAAACAAAAACUUACGCCGAAUCCAUUAAGAUUCUUUUGUGGAACAAACUUGUAUACCCUUAAAUGUUAUUUUUCUAGAAAUAGACAUAAUCGAUUUAUGAACUUGUUCAUAUAGAUUUCACAAAGUAGUUUGUGUUUGUGUAAGACUGAUCAAAUUUGUGUUGGUAUAAAUCGUAUCUCAUAGUGUUUUUUUAAAUAUCAUAGGGAAACGAAAAAAAUAGGUCACCAUUCCGUACUUGUAUCUAAUAUC